UUGGUUGUACAGCUAAGCACUAUAAGAAAUUCACAAUUUGUUCUGUAAUUAGUAGAGAAACAACUAAUUAUGCUAUUAUGAUAGCAUCCUUAAAUUCUAGCCUUUCAUAGAAUCCUAGUCAGGCUAGCACGCUCGUCUGUUUGCUUCUGCAUACGUUAUCAUCGGUUUCCGAAUCGAACACCUCGUGUAUAAGACAAAAUAUAUUAAAGGUUUGCUAGGAUGGAAAAUCAAUCACUUUUUACGAGCAGUAGAAAAUGAUACCACCGGUAAACUCAGGAUACCAAUCAACCGAUGCAGCAGUUAACAAAAAAACGUACGUAAGACAAGCUUUUGAGAAAAAAUUGUUGAUGAUUUCAUAGAGCAGAUACUGCACGCCUACGUUACUUAUCCUAUUCAAUUGACCAUAUCUCCUACGGGUAAAUAUCAAUUUUGCAAGGGAGCAAGUUAUGGAAAAUAUUUUACAUCAUGAUACGGAGAAAGAAGAAACAUCUUCCAAACAUGAAAACAAUUCAAAGCAAACAGAAACCCCAAACAGUUCGGUAACAUCAAACGCUUCAUCAGCGUUCGAUGAGGGAAAGGAGAGAGAGAUCCCACAACCUAAACCGGAAGGAUGUGAUAUAGAAAAGGGAACUGAUAACAAUCAACCAAACCCCUCACAGCCGCCUGCAGAGCUUUCUAAGCGCCAACGUAAAAAGUUGCUUAAGUUAGAAAAUUGGGAAAAAAGGAAAAAGGAAAAACGUCUCAAAGAAAAGGAAAAGAUGAAAGCUAAACGAAUGGAAGCGGUUCAGCAAGGGCUACCGGUGCGGAAUGGCCCCAGCCGAAAGGAGUUGAAGCGACGUAAAAUUAGCUACUCGGAUGCUUCGAUAGAGAUCGUCGUAGAUCUUAGCUUCGAUCAGAUGAUGAUAGAUAAGGAUGUGGCUAAAUGUGUAAAGCAACUGUUACGUAUUUAUACGCUAAAUCGUCGUUCGGAGCAUCCUAUUCCGCUGCACUUUGUUGGAAUUGAGAAAGGUGGUGCGGUCGAGCGACAUCUAUCGCGCAACGAUGGCUACCGGCACUGGGACGUACGCUUUAGCAACGAACAUUUUAUGGAUCUUUUUAAACCAUCUAGCCUUGUGUAUCUGACGAGCGAAUCGGACAACGUGCUGGACCGGCUCGAACCCGGGUGUGUGUAUGUGAUCGGCGGGUUGGUGGAUCACAACCAGCAUAAGGGCCAUUGUUACCAGUUGGCGCAGCAGAAAGGCAUUCGGCAUGCUCGUUUGCCCCUGGCAGAGCAUCUGGUCAUCAAGACGCGCACCAUUCUAACGAUCAAUCAGGUGUUUGAGAUAUUGCAUAAUGUGCACAAUGGAAAGGAUUGGCUACAGACGCUGUUGCAAGUGUUACCGGCACGGAAGGGCGUUAUACCGAAAACGUUGGAAGUAACCAAUACUGAUCAGACCAUGCAGACAACCUAACAUGCAAUAUAGGCAAGUCAACCCCGGUCUUAUUCUGAGGAAUUUUCGUCUGAAACAAGAAGAAUAUAAUCAACUGCAAAACUUAUGCUUUAUAGAUGUGUUAAAUAUUUAAUAAUGAGAAUGU